AUGCGCCACCUGGAUGAAAAUUGGCAGCCCCUUCUCCCGAAACUUGUAGACGCGUACUUAUCCUGGCGCUAUGGUCCUGACCGACCAGCUGAUGAACCUACUGAAGCAACUGCCAGCGCAGAUGAUGGCAUCGACUACAACUUCGAAAUCCCUGUCCUUGACAUCUACUCGACUGUCAACUCCGCGUCAAUCUGCCGACCUGCACACAUCGAAUCUGUCGCCGAAGCUCUUGUCCUCAAUGGUUACCUCGGAUCAACACCCCUCAACCCAGGACUCGCAAUCUCUCUCAAGACGUUAGAACUACUUCACUGUAUCAGGCUCUACAAGCCCUCGUUCAGUGUUGAAGCCUUUGCAAAACUCCUCUGUCAUUUUUAUAUGAUUCCUUUCCGUCGCCGCUAUUGUGCCGCGCUUGGCGAUGCAUUCGACAUCUACCUUACGAUUCUGCACAUGGUCCGCAAGAAGGUCCUUAGUGCACUGGGCCGUGAUAUGCCCAACUGCCUGCCUCGUACUGACCUUUUCUCUGUACAGCUCAAGGAUGAGCCUUCGCUUGAAUUCUCGUGUAUGUACUGCAUGGACGGUAACAGUUCCCUCAAGCGGUUGGCUCCUGUGGGUGGGCGCCGCGCAGGAGAUCUUCGGACGCUAGCCAACAGCGACUACUACCUUCCAGAAGACUUCAUCGAGAAGUAUGCCGAUGAAGUGCAGUCGAGAUGUACACUGAACAAGGUCGACAUACCAUUGCACCGGGAUACCAAUGAGGAUGCCGAGAGCGACCGUGGUGAAGAUCAGACACCGGAUGGAGGCGAUCCAACAGACGACAAUAUGGAGCCUGUGUCCGGUUGCACCGAGAAUUGGAAGGCUGCAGCUGCAGAAGAGAAGAAGAAGAUGUGGGGAGUCUUUAAGGAGACAGGUAUAUUUGCAAGUGCAUGCAGGCACGGCCUUAUUCUCUGGCUGAUUGACAUGGUUCGGAGCGGUGAACUUGCUAAACAUCCUCUCGCUAUCGUCGCGAAGGCUAUGGAAGUAUUCGGACCUCACACACUGGCAGGCUACGACAUUGGUUGCUCCUUCGAGCAGACCGUUCGUCACAGUUCACUUGGGCCAAUGUUCACCCACCUUCACUCGCGUUGCUGUGUCAACGCAUUCCACGGUUACUUGCAUUCCUACCCCUGUCAAACUCAAUACCAUCCGAACAUCAUCAAAGGGAUGGGCCUUGAAGACCUGGAGACGCUCGAGCGCAUCUUCAGUGCUUCGAAUCUGCUGGCUUCUGUCACACGCUACGCCUCCGCCUUCCGGCACCAAGUAUUUAUUCUUCUUUUCUUCGAGCAGUGGGACAACGAGAAGUAUUCAAAUCUCAGCACGAUGUUGUACAACAACUAUAAGCAAGUGCUCGAUAUUAUUCAGACACAGUCUGUUGCUCUCGCAGAUGCCAUGGCAUCUCUCGGUGUCUGCGAUGAGGACCUCAAGCUGUUCGAGUUGGAGGAGCAACAGUAUUUUGCAACACUUGGGCAGGAGCCGGAAUGGGAUGUCUAUGCCAUGGCAUAUGUCGAGGCACUACAAGAGCUUCAUGCAAUAACUACUCAAGUUGACGAAGCAUCCUCACGGUUCCUCAAUGCUACGCCAACUGACUACCAGUUCCUACCACCUACCAAUGGUCCUACACGGUAUGAAAUGGAGAUGUCGACUACUCGCAAGCUCGAGACUUGGCGGCGUUAUUUACGAGAGCAUCUCAAUAUUUUGAUGCAGGAAGUCAUUGCGAUGGAAGUGAAGAUGGGUAUCACCAACCGUUGGCAGCCAUCCGAUGCUCCUUACGUCGAAACGGUCAAAUAUAUAGCCACUCACAAGUAUCAACUGGCAUUGGGUAAGCUGCAGAGGCUUGUCAUACAGCGGCUCUUUGAGCUACACAAGUUGAAUCUCGCGCAGACAGAGCCUCCAGACACGCUGCAGGGCAAUCCGAAAUGCCGUCACCUCAUACAAUGUCGCAGCGUGGCUCUGAAUCCUCCACGCCCGACUCUUGACUGGGACAAGGUUUCUCACUACAGUUUUCUUGAAGAGUUCAACCUCCUGCACGAUACCCGCCAUGACAUUCGUGAGAAGCAGUGGACGCAGCCAGCCAUGCGGGAGACAAUGCAUCUCCACCGCCGGAUCCAGCGUGCACAUGAGGAAAUCCAGAAGUGUAACGUUGAAGUGCGGCGCAUUCAUACCCACAUUCGUGAUGAGGACAUGCUCUUCAGCACCGUCCUCGAUGACCUCUGCCACCGGCAAGACCCACUGCAUGGUGCUGUGCUAGAAUAUUGCUCUUGCCGUCGGGUAGUCAACACUCACAUCCUCGCGUUCCUGCAGCGCAUCUAUGCACUGCAAGGCUUCACGGGCAAUCCAUUUCCUGGUGAAUGUCUUGGUGUCCCUCAUUCAUUGCCGGUUGCUCAUUCGGAUGUCGAAGAUCUUCUCUCGGCUGAGAUGCAUGAGUUGAAUGAAGAAGAGCGCGCGGGACUGGAGCUUGAUGAUGACGACGAAGCAGAAGGUGACAUCAGUGGUUUGGUAGAUUAUGUCUCAAAUCUCGUGGUGUAG